CCAUGUCGCAUUCAAACGACAGCCUGACCAUGCACCACGCGCUGGAAGAGGAGGACCCGGCGGCCCGUCUUGCGGACAGUCGCAGGGAGUUUGGAGAAUGGGGCGGGGUGAAUGCGGGCAUUGAGGUGUCCACAACCUUCACAGUGCUGGAAGCCGACACGCUACCCCAAAUCUUUGCGGGAGAGAAGGGCCCGAGCGGCGGCUGCUACCUGUACGGACGCUCCUUCAACCCCACCGUGCGGUACCUGGGCCGCCAGCUGGCGGCGCUGGAAGGCGCCGCCGCCUCCUACUGCUGCGCCAGCGGGAUGGCCGCCAUCUCCGCCACCUUGCUGGCCUUGUGCAACUCCGGGGACCACAUCGUGUGCAGCAAUGCCGUGUACGGCGGCACCUUCGCCCUUUGCAAGGACUUCCUGCCCGCCAAGUGCGGCAUCCGCACCACCUUUGUGGAUAUUGCCGACCUGGCGGCGGUGCAAGCUGCCAUCACAGACAAGACGCGCGUGCUCUACACCGAGUCCCUCAGCAACCCCACCCUGGUGCUGGCCGACGUGCCGCGCCUGGCUGAGCUGGCGCACGCCGCGCGCCUCAAGCUGGUCGUCGACAACACCUUCACCCCCGUCAUCCUGUCGCCGCUGCGGCUGGGAGCGGAUGUGGUGGUGCACAGCCUGACCAAGUUCAUUUCGGGCGCAUCAGGCAAGCUGGGAUGGCUGUCAGCCAUCCUGCUGCUGCUGCUGCUGCGGGAUCAGCUUUACAUCAUCGCCGGCGCUGUGUGUGCCGCCGACGGCAACUUCAUCAACAGCCUCAUGGAUCUGCGCAUGGGGCCGCUCAUGCUGCUGGGCCCCACCAUGGACCCCAAGGUCGCCAGUGAGCUGUCCCUGAGGAUCCCGCACCUGGCGCUGAGGAUGAGGGAGCACAGCGCCCGUGCCCAGCACUAUGCAGAGCGGCUGGCGGCGCUGGGUGCCAGGGUGGUGUACCCGGCCCUGCCCACCCACCCGCAGCACGGGCUCAUGAAGAGGCUGGCCAACCCAGGCACGCCCGCGCCGCCCGCAGCUCACACAGGGGACUCCCUUCCCACCGCUCCCAAGCUCUGCUGGUACGGCGCCGGCGGCAUGCUGACGCUGGAGCUGGGCAGCCUGCACGGCGCCAAGCGGUUCAUGGAGCGGCUGCAGAACCUGCACGGCUUUGGCCUGCUGGCUGUGUCCCUGGGCUACUUUGACACCCUCAUGUCUGCCAGCGCUGCCAGCACCAGCAGCGAGCUGAGCGAGGAGGAGCUGGCUCGGGCAGGCGCGUGGGCGGGGGCCGAGUGGGCCCACGUGGGCCUGACGGGCAGCGUGGCGCAGCGGUGGAGGCAACUGGAGGAGGCGUACCGCCACGUGGCUGCGGUACAGCCCGCCGCCCAGCCCGCCUACCAGGCAGGGCACGCAGGCGGCGAGGCCGCCGCCGGCAGCCAGCUCAAGGGCUCGCCCACCUGGCACUCCUUUGGAUCGCUGGACACGGGGGACAGCCAGGAGGAGGGGGAGGCAGGCGCCAGCGGGGCCGAAGACGCCUCCCCCGCCGGGCAGCAUCGCAUCAAGGUGCGGCGGCUGACCAGCGGCACCGAGUUGAUUCACAGCAAGGAUACACAGCCUGCUAGUGGCCCCCGGCGGCAGACGCCUCUGUCGGCGCAGGGGUCAGCGGAGCACAGCAAGGACGCCAUCGCCGCCACCGCCAAGUAGCGCCCAACACUACUGCUAACCGCCCUGCUGCUUAACACCACAAAUGAAUAUGUUUGAUUUGAGAAACUCUAACAGAUUUCAAUUUCAAAUUCCAUGUGGGGAAGCCCGCAUGCAUGUACCAUCGCACCCACUGUAGACUGCCGUUUCACCACCCCACCCUGUACCACUGCCCCAAUCUGUUCCAUGCCACACCCCUCCAGCAUCCUCAUCUCGUGCUGCCACUGCAGCUGUGAUUGCUAACAUUUGUAACAUAACGCGUGUUGCGAGAAAUC